CUCGGGUUGGAAAGUUUCUAGAACCUCUUCCCGGCGGCCUUUGCGGUUCCAACAUGGCGGAGCUGACGGUGGAGGUUCGCGGCUCCAACGGGGCUUUCUACAAGGGAUUUAUCAAAGAUGUUCAUGAAGAUUCCCUAACAGUCGUUUUUGAAAAUAAUUGGCAGCCAGAACGCCAGGUUCCAUUUAAUGAAGUUCGAUUACCACCACCACCUGAUAUCAAAAAAGAAAUUAGUGAAGGAGAUGAAGUCGAGGUUUAUUCAAGAGCAAACGACCAAGAACCAUGUGGAUGGUGGUUAGCUAAAGUUCGGAUGAUGAAAGGAGAAUUUUAUGUCAUUGAAUAUGCUGCUUGUGAUGCCACUUACAAUGAAAUAGUCACAUUUGAACGACUUCGGCCUGUCAAUCAAAAUAAAACUGUCAAAAAAAAUACUUUCUUUAAAUGCACAGUGGAUGUUCCAGAAGAUUUGAGAGAGGCGUGUGCUAAUGAAAAUGCACAUAAAGACUUUAAGAAAGCAGUAGGAGCAUGCAGAAUUUUUUACCACCCAGAAACCACACAGCUCAUGAUCCUGUCGGCCAGUGAAGCAACUGUGAAGAGAGUUAAUAUAUUAAGUGACAUGCAUUUGAGGAGUAUUCGUACCAAGUUGAUGCUUAUGUCCAGAAAUGAAGAGGCCACUAAACAUUUAGAAUGCACAAAACAACUUGCAGCAGCUUUUCAUGAAGAGUUUGUUGUGAGAGAAGAUUUAAUGGGUCUGGCAAUAGGAACACAUGGUAGUAACAUACAGCAAGCUAGGAAGGUUCCUGGCGUUACUGCCAUUGAGCUAGAUGAAGAUACUGGAACAUUUAGAAUCUACGGUGAGAGUGCUGAUGCUGUAAAAAAGGCCAGAGGCUUCUUAGAAUUUGUGGAAGAUUUUAUUCAAGUUCCAAGGAAUCUUGUUGGAAAAGUAAUUGGAAAAAAUGGCAAAGUUAUUCAAGAAAUAGUGGACAAAUCUGGCGUGGUUCGGGUAAGGAUUGAAGGAGACAAUGAAAAUAAACUACCUAGAGAAGAUGGCAUGGUUCCAUUUGUAUUUGUUGGCACUAAAGAAAGUAUUGGAAAUGUGCAAGUUCUUUUAGAGUAUCAUAUUGCUUACUUAAAGGAAGUGGAACAGCUAAGAAUGGAACGUUUGCAGAUUGAUGAACAACUACGACAGAUUGGUAUGGGUUUCAGACCUUCUUCCACCAGAGGGCCUGAAAAAGAGAAAGGAUAUGCCACUGAUGAAAGUACCGUCUCUUCUGUACAAGGUUCUAGGUCUUAUAGUGGAAGAGGCAGAGGUCGUCGGGGCCCUAAUUACACCUCCGGUUAUGGUACAAAUUCUGAGCUGUCUAACCCCUCUGAAACAGAAUCUGAGCGUAAAGAUGAGCUGAGCGAUUGGUCAUUGGCAGGAGAAGAUGAUCGAGAGAGUCGACAUCAGCGUGACAGCCGGAGACGCCCAGGUGGAAGAGGCAGAAGUGUUUCAGGGGGUCGAGGUCGUGGUGGACCACGUGGUGGCAAAUCCUCCAUCAGUUCUGUGCUCAAAGAUCCAGACAGCAAUCCAUACAGCUUACUUGAUAAUACAGAAUCAGAUCAGACUGCAGACACUGAUGCCAGCGAAUCUCAUCACAGUACUAACCGUCGUAGGCGGUCUCGUAGACGAAGGACUGAUGAAGAUGCUGUUCUCAUGGAUGGGAUGACUGAAUCUGAUACAGCCUCAGUUAAUGAAAAUGGGCUAGAUGAUAGUGAAAAAAAACCCCAGCGACGCAAUCGUAGCCGCAGGCGUCGUUUCAGGGGUCAGGCAGAAGAUAGACAGCCAGACUCUUCGCACUGAAGAUGGGAAUUGCCAUCCCAGGGACGGUGUUUUAGAUUGUGUUUGAGGUUGAUUGGCGAAACUGGGCAGCUUGCAUGGUGCUUGCUUACUAUCUGGACUUGGCACCUGUUUUGGUGGGAAUUGUAAUAGCCACAAUUUAAAAAACAAGUGUAGAAGAAAAAUACUGAAGUCUUUUUUCCUAAUGAGGAUGCAUGUUGUUUGUGUUAUUGUAGUGUGUUGCCUUUUCCUUUACACCUACUAACUACUCAAGUAGCAUUUACUUAGUUUCAUUCAGUAUUUUCAUGUUGUCAUAAUUUUUAGUAACUACAAAGAAACUUGUUUGCUGUGUCUAUUAUUUUGAACUUACAUUUCCUAUGUACAGAGAAUCACUUGUAUAUUCACCAUGAAGAAAUUGUGUGCACUAGAAAUAAACCCCUUUCAAACUAA